AUGUUGGAUUCGAUUGAAAUCAGUGGACCAUCAGAAUUUGGCAAUAAUUUUGUCUAUCCUAUUGGUUUGAAUUGUGAUAAAUUGGUAACGCCGGGUGCGACAAUCAGUCGCAAUGUCAAUUUUAUGAGGGGUCAUGGAACUUAUACACGAGAUGAUGAACUUAUUGCGUCAGUUGGUGGUGUUGUGGAACAAGUCAAUAAGUUGGUCUCAGUUAGACCGAUUAAAAGCAGAUACAAUGGUCAUGUUGGAGAUGUCGUAGUUGGUCGCGUAAUUGAAGUUCAACAAAAACGAUGGAAAAUUGAGACAAACUCCCGAUUACAUUCCACAUUAAUGCUUUCGAGUGUUAAUCUACCCGGCGGUGAAUUGAGGCGUAAAUCGUUAGAAGAUCAGUUGAUGAUGCGCGAAUAUUUGAAAGAAGGCGAUCUUAUCAGCGCCGAAGUGCAAAAAGUGCAAUCUGAUGGUCAGUUAUCACUGCACACUAGAAAUCUUCGUUAUGGCAAGCUCUCGAUGGGAACUCUUGUAAAAGUUUCACCAUAUUUGAUUAAACGCCGGAAAACUCAUUUUCAUACGUUUCCAUAUGGUAUUUCAAUAAUAUUAGGAUGUAAUGGCAAUAUUUGGAUUUCACCUGUAACUAGUGAAGAUUAUGGAUUAACUGGAGGAUAUGUUCAAAAUCUUGAAGAAGUUAUUUCUAUGGAAAUUCGCACUGCGAUUGCACGAACUGCUAACUGCAUUAAUAUUCUUGCGAAAUAUAAUAUUCCAAUUUACGAUACUACAAUUAUUUUGGCUUAUGAGGCUUCGAAUGAUUACGAGGUAUACAAUUAA